UAAUAUUUGACUCUGUGGUGUAAACAAUUGUUCGAUUCAGAUCGACCAGCUAAGAAGUGGGGUUUGCUGGUGUCAUACGGAAACACUUCCCAAUAAGAGUUAUUGGACUUCACUUCCAUUAAUCUUUCAUCAAGGAACCAGGAGAGAGAGAGAGAGUGUGUGUUUAAACAUGGAUGAGAGAGGGAGUUUUAAACACAGAUUAGAGAGAGAUCUCAAAUGAGAGACGGGAGACAGUAGUAGAUUAGAGAGAGGGAGACGGUAGUAGAUUAGAUCGUAGAGAGAGAGAGGGUCCUCCCCCUUCAUCCAUGGACCCAAAAAGCGGCUUCUGCAGAGACAACAACACAUUCUACAGCCUCCGCCCCACGCCCAAUCUCCCUCCUCUCGGCCUCACAUCAUACAUUUUCUCUCUCAUCCCCAACCCCCCUCUCUCCUCCCCCGCCCUUGUCGACGCCUCCGCCAAAUCCCACCUCUCGUAUGGCGAUCUCCGAUCACUGGUCUCCUCCAUCUCUUUCUCUCUUCAAUCCGAGUUUGCCAUUCAAAAAGACGAUGUCGUCCUCAUUCUCUCUCCUCCUUCAAUCUAUGUCCCAAUAAUAUAUCUCUCCUUUCUCUCUCUAGGAGCCAUUAUCUCCCCUUCCAACCCAGUAAGCACCAAGUCUGAGAUAGAGCACCAAAUCCAAAUCUCUAAACCAGUCCUCAUUUUUUCUCACUCCUCAACAGCUCACAAAAUCCCAGCCCAAAACCGAGUCAUCUUGAUCGAUUCGCACAAGUUCCACCGACUCAUUGAAUCGCCGAGAUCGAGCCCAAAAAGGGUCACAAUCGAACCAGAUGAUCCUGCAACGAUCCUCUACUCCUCGGGUACAACAGGUGGAGUCAAGGGCGUCAUUUUGACACACAGAAAUUACACUGCGGUACUGGCGGAGCUCUGGGCGGCGAGGGUCGAGAAGCGGACGUGCUUGUUCAUAACGGUGCCGAUAUUUCACGUCUUCGGUUUUACCGCUUGCUUGAAGGGGUUGGCGUUUGGGGAGACGGUGGUUCUGAUGGGGGAGGGGACGUUUGAGGUGAGGUUUGUGUGCCGGGCGGUGGAGGAGUGGAGGGUCACUCAUUUGGCGGCGGCGCCGCCCGUUUUGGCGGCAAUUGGUAGAGGAGACGAGGCCGUGGGUUUUGACUUGGGGAGUUUGGAGGUGGUGGGCAGCGGCCUUGGGAAGGAGGUGAUCGGGAGGUUCAGAGCGAGGUUUCCAUGGCUCAGGGUUGUCCAGAGAUAUGGACUGACAGAGACCAGUGGAGGAAUAUAUCGAACCUUGACUCCCGAAGAAUGCCUGCGAUAUGGGUCAUCUGGUCGACUAUCAGGAGGCUUUGAAGUGAGGAUUGUAGACCCGAACACACUGCAACCCUUACCUCCAUGUCACAAAGGAGAGCUAUGGGUCAGAGGACCCACUAUCAUGAAAGGUUACAUAGGGAAUGAAGAAGCAACCACUUCUAUAUUGGAUUCAGAGGGAUGGCUAAAGACAGGAGAUCUCUGUUAUAUAGACAACGAAGGCUACCUCUUCGUAGUUGACAGGUUAAAGGAAUUGAUCAAAUACAAAGCGUACCAAGUUGCCCCUGCAGACUUGGAAGGCAUACUACUUUCUCACCUGGAAAUUGCGGAUGCUGCUGUAGUUCCGUAUCCUGACGAGGAAGCUGGGUAAAUACCCAUGGCGUUUGUGGUCAGAAAGCCCCACAGUAUCCUUAAUGAAGCCCAAGUUAUGGACUUUGUAGCACAACAGGCAUUUUUCUUAAUCCUAACACUCGCUAAUUGAUUUUGGCUUUACCUACACUUCUUCUUCUUGUUCUUCUUGAUCAAGAAGAACAAAAUUCAUCAAGAACUACACUCUACCUUUGUAUCUGUUAAUUUGAGCGUGUGUAAGUUGGGUAACAUGGGCACAGGUUACAGCACAUGUUGAAACUUAAAGGACAUGACAAUUGUGUCUCAAAUUUUUGAAGACACUUUUACUAAACUGUUUCUAUUGAAAUAACUAUAAAAGCUUUUAAUGUUACUUAAAAUUCCUCCUAUCACUCCUAGAUGAUGCACAGAUUUGUCAUGUCUUGAACACAAAAUUUAAUGUUGUUGUUUCUAUCUGUGUCAAAUGCUGACACUCACUUCUGUGUCCUUGUAACAUAGAUGCAAUGAAUAUGUAAAUCCCUGAAUGUAUGUGUUCAUAACUUGGGGAUAGGCAAGCUUUCCAGUUGUGAUGAUGUGCAUAUGUUUUUGUAUAGGUGGGCCUAAUUUUCUUUCUUCUCAACAGGGAUUUUUCUAUAGCAUUGUUUAUGUGAUUGGAUGCCCUGUCUCUUCACAAAAAUAAUAGAAAUUUGGCUGUGUUUUCUUUGUUC